ACCAAACUGGCAGAGAUGCUACAGGGAAGUCACUAUGUGAUGGGUACAACCAGGAUUGUCUCUUUUCUGUCCUAGCCGCUCAGCAUUCUUCCUGAAAACAUCUCAUUUUCUGAGGCACAGAUUGAGAGCACGAUGUUUUGUCACUGCAUGAUAUUUGUGCUUGGAACAGUGCUUGUGAGCAGAGAAACAUUCGCAAUUCGAAACUGUUCAGUGGAAAACGUGAUAGCCUUCUAUAAUUCAUGCAAUCUCACUUGGGUGCCACCUGUGCCUGAACAUGUUGUUAUUCUAUCCCUAAACUUUAAUUUCAUCCAAGAAGUUAAUGCAACCUCAUUCCCUCUGAGGGAGAAACUAAACAUUUUAUACCUUGUGGGCCAAAAAUAUUUUCCUUUAACUAUAGGAAAAGAUGCUUUUAGGAAUUUGCCAAACCUUCUACAACUGGAUUUGAAUGGCAACAAAAUGAUGGUGUUAGACCCUGAUGCUUUUGUGGGCUUGUUUAGAGUACGUAAUCUUUUUCUAUAUGAAAAUGGGCUUGAUGAAUCCAUUCUGGAAGAGGAUUACCUCAGAGAUUUGAUUUCAUUGGAAUAUCUGCACCUCAGAUAUAAUAAAAUCACUCGUGUUCGCCCUCACAAUAUAUUUUAUAAGAUGAAAUCCUUGGAUAUUCUAGAUUUAGGAUUCAACCGUAUUGAAUCUAUCUGUGAAGGGGAUCUUAAUAAUUUUCGAGGAGCAAGGUUCAAAUUGUUUAUUCUUUAUAAUACUAAUUUGUAUGGAAGUUCUAUGAAUUGGGCUACUUGUGGGAAUCCUUUAAAAAAUGUUAGCAUAGAAACACUGGAUGUUGGGAGUAAUGGCUGGGGUACAACUCUAACGCGGCAAUUUUGUGCAGCUAUUAGAGGAUCCCCACUUUUGGCUUUGAAGAUUUCCUCUCAUACUAUGGGUGCAUCAUUUGGAUUUAAUAAUCUUCCUGAUCCUGAUAUUAAUACAUUUGCAAGUCUUAAUGACAGUGGCCUCAUCUUGCUUGAUAUAUCAGAAGGCUGGAUUUUUUCUCUUAAACCACAAGUAUUUCAGCAUCUCCAUGAUUUGAAGCUGCUGAAUCUUAACAAUAAUAACAUAAAUAAAAUUGAGACAGGAGCAUUUCUUGGUCUUCAGAAUCUGCAACAUCUAUACCUAUCAAACAAUCUGCUUGGUGAGCUCUUUAAGGACACUUUUGAAGGGCUUCCUAAUGUGAUUCAUAUAGAUCUAAAACAUAAUCACAUUGGAGUGAUUGAUAGAGAUCCAUUCAGAUCCUUACCACGGCUUCAACACGUGGAUCUCCGGGAUAACGCUUUAAAAGUAAUCAAUUCUCUCCCAAAUCUCCUCAAUGUUAUGUUAGGUGGCAACCGGAUAGAGUCUACACCAUAUUGGAAAAUACAAUUUAUCAAUGCCACACUCCUUAACUUAGAAGGAAACAAAUUGGGGAAUCUGGGUGAUCUCUAUGAACUUCUCCAAUUUCCAGCACUGCAGUAUCUUGUUUUAAAAAACAAUCGUUUAUCCUAUUGCUUCAAAUACAAAGACAUAGCAAAAGACAAUCAGUUGCUUUACUUGGACCUUGGAGACAACAUGCUAAAGCUUAUAUGGGAGAGAGGUUUAUGUUUGGAUGUGUUCAAAGCCCUUUCCCACUUGGAAGUUCUCCAUCUCAAUAACAACUACCUUACUUUCAUCCCAGAGGGUAUAUUUAGUGAGCUAAUGUCACUCAAGACACUUAACUUGUCUAACAACCUAUUGACUUCCAUUUCUCAAGAUUCCUUUCCUACAAACUUGAAAGCUCUUAACUUGUCAUCAAAUCAGCUAUUUUACCCUGAUCCUCAGAUCUUUGCAACAUUAGACCAGCUGGAUAUCACCCAUAACACAUUUUACUGUAACUGCCUAUUAAGCGACUUUAUUAUGUGGCUAAACCAAACCAAUGUUACUUUAGAUGGCUCACGCUAUGACAUAUUUUGUUCUGGACCACCAGAAUUUGCUAAUAUUCCUCUCCAUGGCUUAAAUACAGAGAAUUGCAAUGAAGACAAGCUCAUGGAGCCUCUACAGCUAUCGCUCUUCAUUUUUACUUGUGUUAGUAUAAUUAUGUUUCUAGUAGCAGUAGUUGUUUUUUCUCGUUUUAGGGGCGUUUGUUUCCUCUCGUAUAAAACACUCAUACAAUUCCUCAUGAAGGAGCUUCCACCAGAUCUGGAUCAACAAGGAUACAAAUAUGAUGCUUAUCUUUGCUAUAGCAGCAAAGACUUUGAGUGGGUCCAAAAUUCCUUGAUAAAGCAUCUAGAUACUCAAUAUUCUAAGAAGAACAGAUUUGCUCUCUGCUUUGAAGACAGAGACUUCCUGCCUGGGGAGGAUCAUAUCAGUAAUAUUCAUGAUGCUGUCUGGAACUGCAAGAAGACAAUUUGUGUGGUCACAAGACAGUUUCUCAAGGAUGGCUGGUGUGUGGAAGCCUUUAAUUUUGCCCAGAGCAGGUAUCUCUCUGAUCUGGAGGAUAUACUUAUAAUGGUGGUAGCUGGAUCUCUUUCUCAAUAUCAGCUUAUGAAAUAUCAACCAAUCAGGAUCUUCUUGCAAAGAGGGCAGUACCUGAGAUGGCCAGAAGACCAUCAAGAUUUGGAGUGGUUUUUAAACACACUGUCUCACCAAAUAAUGAAGGAAAAGAAAAUUAAGAAGCCUCCAGCGCUAGAAUUGAAGGUUAUGACCGUUUCCUAACAGGUGUGGUUCCUGGCCAUUAUGCAAGUCUGACUUUCCAGAGAAUUUGUCAGUUCAUUCUGAUAUCAUAGGGCGCCAUUCUUUCUGUCCAAUGAGCUAAGUGAACAUGAUGUUGAUACUUCUCUGUUAUAUCUCUGGUGAACUUGACUUCAUUUUU